AUGCCCUACGGCUUAAAAUCCACACCGGUCUCUUCCCGUAGAGCAACGUUCCUUAGGCAUAGAGGCAGCAUUAUUAGUGUGAUACUCUUUCUAUUUUUUGGAGUGGCAAUAAGUGCUUCUCACUUGACCAAGAAUUAUAUGAUAAAUUCCAAAACAAACCUCUGUGGAAAAACAAAUGCAAUUAUACCAAAAUUUAACAAGUCUGUCGAUGUAAUUUUUGAAGACCCUCAGUUUAAAGAACUGUCAAUUAAGAAACUUAGUGGUGCUCUUCAAAUUCCAACAGAAAUUUUCGACAACAAUCCAAGCCCUGAAGAUGACUUAGAGUAUUAUCAGGAAUUCUUCAAACUUCAUGAAUAUCUUUCUGAGUCUUUUCCUCUGAUCUAUCAACACUUGAAAGUUCAAAAAGUCAACCACAUUAACCUUGUAUACACAUGGGAAGGCAAAAAUCGCUUGUUGAAACCAAUGCUUUUUACAGCGCAUCAAGAUGUAGUUCCGGUUGAGAGAAAAACAGUCUCAAAGUGGAAGUUUCCACCAUUUUCAGGCCACUAUGACGAAGAUAGUGACACUAUCUGGGGAAGAGGAGCAAUUGAUUGCAAAACAAUGAUGAUUGCAGAACUGGAGGCAGUCGAACAAUUACUAAAAGACGGGUUUAUUCCUGAGAGAACGAUAAUUAUUGCAUUUGGAUUUGACGAAGAAACAGCUGGUCUCCAAGGUGCUCGAAAAUUGGGCACUUUCUUUGAAGAACAGUACGGCCAAAAUGGGAUUUAUUCUAUAGUUGAUGAAGGCGCAAUGGUUCAAGAGAUUGACAAGAACAUUUUCAUCGCUGCACCAAUAGUACAGGAGAAAGGGUAUGUAGAUGUAGAAUUCACAGUGAACGGUGUUGGAGGACAUUCUUCAAUACCUCCAAAACACACUACAAUCGGGAUCGCAUCUGAUAUUGUUUUGACAUUAGAAAACAAUCCUUUUUCCUUUGACAUGGGUUUGGAUAGCGCAUUCUAUGGAUAUUUGUGCUGUGUGGCCGAACAUGAUAGCAAUUUUCCUUUAGAAUAUAGAAAAGCUAUCCUUGAGGCUCCUUACGACGACAAACAGAGAAAAAAAAUGGUCAAGUUUACCUCUCAAGUGCCUUCAAUGAGAGAACUGAUGAGAACUUCUCAAGCAGUAGAUGUUUUCAAUGGCGGGAUGAAAGCUAACGCCCUUCCAGAAGUGACUAAAUUUUUGGUCAAUCACAGAAUAGAUUUAAAGUCUUCAGUAGACGAAACAUUUGCAAGAGAUGUUAAAAUCGCCAAGACAAUUGCCGAAAAGUACGGAUAUGGCCUUUAUGCAAAUGAUAGGGAAGAGAUUGCGCCAACAGAAUUGGGUUACAUCAAAGUCGAAGCCCUCAAAGGUUUGAAUCCAUCACCUUCUUCACCAACAAGAGGUUCACCAGUUUGGGAUAUUUUUACCGGUACUAUUCAAAAUGUUUACGAAAAUGGUCUUUUCAAGAAAUCUCCACAGAACGAACUUUAUAUCACAAAAAACACAAUAUCUGCAAACAGUGACACAAAGUAUUACUGGAAUCUAACAGAAAAUAUUUAUAGAUUCUUUGGUAAUGUCGAGCCACCCCAAAUGUGGGGAGUCGUUCAUUCCGUGGAUGAACAUAUUCCAGUGUCUGCUCAUCUUACAACAGUGGCUUUUAUCUACCAGUAUAUUGUCAACGUUAAUGAAAAUGCAGUGACAGAUUCCUUCCAAAGGGAUUAA